GCCUGCUGUGUGCCUCCACUGUUGUUCUAAACCAACGGACACAGAGCGGAGAUGUCUGGCGUGUUUUAAUGAGAAACAUUUCAAACAUCUGCAGUUAAGAUCCGCCUGAGAGGAGAACGAAGAGAAGAAAAGGAGGAGCUGCAGAGGAGGAGGAGAGACAGAGGAGAAAAGGUGGACAAGGAGAAAAAACGGGACGUAUAAUGGUGCAGAUUUGAGUGAAAGAUGUCCAACAUAACCAUGGAAGCCACCACCAUCCUCCCCGUCCUCAGGAAGAAGCUGGCUUUUCUGUCAGGGGGUAAAGACCGGCGCAGUGGUCUAAUCCUGACCAUCCCUCUCUGCUCAGAUCAGACCAGCAUGGAGGAGCUCAGCGCCACACUGGACUACCUGCUCAGCAUCCCCAGUGAUAAGUGUAAGGCUCGUGGUUUCACCGUCAUCGUGGAUGGAAGAAAGUCUCAGUGGAACACUGUGAAGACCGUGGUGCUCAUGUUACAGAAUGUGAUUCCAGCUGAAGUGUCUCUGGUCUGUGUGGUGAAGCCAGAUGAAUUCUGGGAUAAGAAGGUCACACACUUCUGCUUCUGGAAGGAGAAAGACCGCCUUGGCUUCGAGGUGAUCCUGGUGUCGGCCAAUAAGCUGACUCGUUAUAUUGAACCAUGUCAGCUAACUGAUGAUUUCGGAGGAAGUCUGGACUACGACCACAGCGACUGGCUCAACAAGAGACUGGUUUUUGAGAAGUUUACAAAGGAAUCGACGUCGCUGCUGGACGAGCUGUCGAUCAUCAAUGAGAGUGACAAGAGCAGCUCAGUUGACAAGGAAAAGUCAGCUGACUGCGCUCUAUUACCAUCUUUUGACCCUGAAACUGUUCUUCAGACUGGUCAUGAGCUGCUGUCGGAGCUGCAGCAGCGUCGUUUUAAUGGCUCGGAGGGAGGCGGAGGAGGACAGGGAGGUCCAGCCUGGUGUCCCAUGGAGGAGGAGCUGCUGGCUCAGCCUCAGGUGAUGAAGCUUCUAGACUCACUCAGGGAGCAGUACACUAAAUACCAGGAGCUCUGCAGGCAGAGGAACAAACGGACCCAGCUAGACGAAAUCCACGCCAAGGUCAUGCAGGUGGUCACCUGGCUGCAGGGUCCGGGUUCAGAGCUAUUGAAGACUCAGCAGGAAAUUGGAGACUCGAUGCGGGCAGCUCAGGCCCUACAGCAGAAACACGAGGAGAUCGAGAGCCAACACAGCGAGUGGUUUGCAGUAUACGUGGAGUUGAACCAGCAGAUUGCUGCCUUGCUCAGUGCCGGUGAAGAGGAGGAAGUGGCGGAGCUGAAGGCUCUGCAGCAGCAGCUGAGCGACGUCUGCUACAGGCAGGCGGCUCAGCUGGAAGGACGACAGAACGUCCUGCAGGCGGCCCAGGGUUUCCACAGCACCACACAGGAGUUGUCUCAGCAGUUGGACGGUCUACUAGGAAUGCUCUGCGCUGAUGUGGCUCCAGCUGAUGGAGCUUCGAUUCAACAAAACCUCAAACUGUUGGAGGAGAAACUGCAGACUGUUGAGGCAGGUCUAUCCUCCUUGCGUCAGAAGGGGGCGCUGUUGAUAGAGCAGAUGUGCAGCCAGCCGACAUGGGCCAUGGAGGAAACGGAGAGUCCAGCUGGUGAACAGCCGGAUAAUAUUCAGCACAUCCAGGGUGUCAUGGAGGAGAUGCAGCUGCGCAAGCAAAGGUGUGAAGACAUGGUGGAUGUGAGGAGGCUGAAGAUGCUCCAGAUGGUCCAGCUCUUUAAAUGUGAAGAAGAUGCUUUACAGGCUGUGGAGUGGCUUGGGGAGCUGAUGGACGCCCUGUUAAAAACUCAUGUCAGACUGGGUGAUGACUCUCAGGAGAACAGGACCAUGUUGGACAAACACAGGAAGUUUGUGGACGUUGCUCAGAGCACCUAUGAUUACGGACGUCAGCUUUUACAGGCGACCGUCGUCCUCUGUCAGUCUCUGCGCUGUACGACCCGCUCUUCAGGUGACACUUUACCGAGACUCAACCGGGUCUGGAAACAGUUCAGCGUCAGUGGUGAGGAGAGACAACAAAGACUGGAGCUGGCUCUGAGCUUCCACACUGCUGCUGAGAGGGUGUUACAGCGGGAAUGUGUGGAUGCAGACUCUUUAGAUGAAGUCGACUCUUUAGGGAAAACUCUGCUGGACAGACUCACCAUGCCUAUUAUCUUUCCUGAUGGGAGUGAGCAGUACUUCGGCACUCCCAGCGACACAGCAGCGGCAGCAGAGGCCAUCAGAGAGCGCCUCCUGCUGGUGGAGGAGCGACGGCUCCAGUUGCAGGAGGCUCGGCUUCACAACAACGGUAACGAGGAGGAGGAGCUGCUAAACGGGCAGGCAGCACCGCUAGAAGUUAUCGGAGAGGAACUGAGUGAGAAAGAGGAGCAAGAUGAGGAGGAGGAGGAGGUGGGAGAACAGGAUGAAGAUUUGGAGAGAGCCACACAGGACUGCUAAUGGAUCGCUGAAGACGUCAAACCGAGCAGCCUUAAUGAAGCUUGUUAGUGAAGGGCUGCUGAUUAAUUUACAACGAUUAUCUCCUCCCUCAGCGUAGGCAACCCUCUGAUUUGUUGCUUCUGUCGUACUGCAGCUUCUGUAGUGAUGGUAUUUCUCUAAAUCAGGACUACAUUUCCCAUCAGCCUCACUGCUUAACCUGCCUGAAAGAGGAUGAACAAGUUGGAUGAUCUCUCCACUGUGUUCUCAGCUGAAACUCUGAAAGCGAUAACAAGGUCUGCUCUGGAAAAUCUUUUUCUGCCAUCAAGCGAUCCAACAGAAUAACAAAUGUAAAAUACUGGAAGUAUUUACUGGAAUUAUUAAUAUCUCUGGAUGCUCUGUUGAAGAUGGAGCCGUUUAUAUAAGAAAACUCCUUAAGUACGCCUAACAUCACUUCAUCCUUCCCAGCAUGCCAUUAGCUUACCUUAGUGAGCGGAGCUUUCAUGGUGCUAACAUGGUAACUGUGCCUCAUCUGACUUACUGUUACUUUUCUUUAAUGCCAUUUUCAACUUAAGAGUCAUUGGCAGCUUUUUCACAGUUAUGGCUGUGUUGCUCCUGCUUUAUAUGAACUUCUUUUCUUUCUAAGGGUCCAAAUGUGCUGAUGGCAAAUGACCAGACUGUCGAGAGUGCAACGUCAGCAUCCAAAGCAUUACUCUCUGGUUUGAAUAGAUCUCUGAGGAGUUACUGUGUAUGCACCCAGCUGUAGAAAACUGAACAGAAUUGGUGUUAAAGAAAAUACUAUAAGUAAUAAGGUCCUGCCCACACAAAUAAUGCAUUAAUCCAGGUACAGCACAGACAGUAUGUCUACGGGCAGUUUGAGAAGUUCAAAUACUGUGUUAAGACUGGCCAGAACUGGACCUCUACAAUGCAUUUUAGUCUAACUGAAAUCAUGACUUUUUGAAAAGUUGAACUCACACCAAGAUAAUUUGGAGAUUGAUUUACUCUAGCAUGUUUAAACCUCAAUCAGACCCAAACUAGUUAAUAGUUAAGCUUCCAUUCUGAACUUUGACACAAAGUCGAUGAGCAAAAACACCAACUGUAAAGCUGAAGAUGAGUUGUAAUCUGCCUUCAGAUAUCGGAUAUAAGCUAGAGCAGUGGUCCCCAAAGUGUGGGUCAGGACCCCCCGGGGGGGUCGUGAGAUGCCUUCCCAAAACAAAGAAUAUAUUUAAAAGGUUUUAAAUAGUUUAUGUCGUACAUUUUAAAAAAAUAUAUAUUCAUAGAAUUAGUUUAUUUUUAAAUAACAACAUGGCCAAUAGAUGAGAUUUAUGCUAAAAUAAAUGUAAUAUUUUAGCCAAGUCUGCACAUGACUGUUCUUGAACGUGCACGCCUAUUUUCAGCUAUGCUUCAACAACCCUAAGGUACAGUGGGGGUCUCCAGUCUCUGGCUCUGUUAGUUUAGGGGUUGUGGGCUGAAAAGUUUGGUAACCCCUGAGCCAGAGGGAUAACAUUCAUCACUUUUUUUUUUCCAAUUCUUUUAUUUAACCAGGAAACCCUCACUGAGAUUAAAAAUAUCUUUUUCAAGAGCGUCCUGGCCAAGAUAGGCAGCAUCAGCCAAAAGUAAAGCAUAGUUUCCAUUUCUCCACUUAUUGACAUACAACCACUGUACUACUCAGUAACUUGUUUGCAAGUUUAUUAGGAAGAAGGUGAAUAGUAACAAGCUAAAAUGGAGCAUGUCACAAUCAUGGAGAAACCAUCAUUAUCAAUAUUUGUUUUGUAGCACCAAUUCAUAGCCGUUAUCCCAAGACAAAGAGGGCAGGUCUAGACCCCACCAUCUAGAGGAAAUGCUAUAAUGCUUCCGUCAGUAAUUUCUGUAUGCAUGAAUGCUGAGACGACAGUAGUUAAGAUAUCCAAAUAAGCUAUAACUAUAGUUUGAGUUUCAAAUGCAUGUAAACGUACUGACUGUCAGUAAGAACCAAAAAUCUGGGCCUUCUGGAGAACAUCUAAACAUGGGACACUAACCAUGCUAAAAGCUAGUGAUAUAAUAUGAAACAUAUUCAACAGAAAUGUAUCUAAGUUUUUGAUUUGAGGUAACUGAAUUGUGCUCAGGAUUUUAUAAAAUUUGCAACCUCUAGGCCAAAUUUGAUCUUGUCUUAAGGUUCUCCUUUAAAUAUUGACAUUUCUUUAUUGAUUUUAUAAUUUUACUUUAAUCUUGCAAUAAAAUGUUUUUAAACUUCAGGUUUUAAACACAGUGGAGGUGCUACUUUUGAGUUCCCUCUGGUAUUCUUCAGGACAACAAACUGAUUUGACAUGAAACCUGAUGUUACAGUUGUAAGUUUUAUGCAAGAUUCUUAAAGACCACAUGGGCCGUUAUCGUGUUUUCCAAAUCUCAGGUUGCCAGUCAACCUAUGUACGAUUUCAUAACCAGUCUUUACCACACAGUUCACACAAGCCAAAAAAAUAAACUAUAAAUUCAGCUUGUUUUUGUUUUCUCUCAUUUUUGAGGGGAACAAGAAAACAGAAUUUGCACUAGUUUUCCUUUCCUACCAUCAAAUCAAUAUUAGCACUCGUUUUUUUUUCCCAUUAGAAGCCCUCAGCUUCUGAUUGCCUGAUUGGUAUUUCGACAAAUGUGUUUCAGAAUAAAUGCUCUUCUCUACCUUCAGACUGCCUCUUUUCCAUGAGAAAAAUAAAAGAGAAAACAAACAAAAAACAAAACAAAACAAAGCUGUUUAAAAGCAUAAAAACCAACAUGGCUCUGUAAAGGAGGAGAGGAAGCAUAAUAAGUAUCAUGAAUUUAAUUGUGAAAACUUUUUCAUAAGCCAGGAGCACCGAUUGUACAGUUUUGUGCUCUGAUUAUCACCAUCUUAUUCUACACAUCCCUUCUUUCUGCUUUGGCAAUAUUACAUUAGAUAAAGACAACAAAACAUUUGAAUUUUUUUUUAAACUAGAAUGCAAUCUUAUUUAAAUUCACCUUAAGCCUUUUGCUUAGAUAGUUUACAUGCUUAGACUUUGCAUUAAGGGACCAUAACACUUAAAUCUUUCAGGGCUUCAAUGAUUUUUCUGAUUUAAAGAAUCCCUCUGGUUUGACCGUGUGCAUAGACUUGAUGCUGUUCGCUGUAGUUUAACUUGGACUGAGGUACUGACAGCAGUUAUUCACAGACAGGUGGUCAUUUGCCAAAAAAGCACCAUUGAAACAGGACAUUUUGUAUUUAUUUGACAUUUUUACGAUCAAACCUCGCUGUAACUGGUUGCCAUUUUUGACCAAUAACUGCUGCUGUAAGUGUAACCGCUGAAUACUGUGUCUUGCAUUUUGCCCCCUCUGUUUACUGCCAUCAUCCUCUAAAUAAAGACGCCUUUUGAAGUCUC